CGGCCCCACUCGUUUCGGGCGCCAACCAUCAUUGAAAUCGCAUCUGCUCUUUGUCUCUCCGCGGUCCAACCCCGUCGUUUGAAAAGGGGUACGCCGCCCUCGUCCACUUUGUUCCUCUUCUUCCUCCGCCCCCUAACCAGAGCGCCCCCCUCCGCCGGCCACUCUAGACUCUCCCUCUUUCUCGCUGGCGAGCAGGCGAGGGCGCUCCAUAAUGGCGCUGUGUUUCGAGGUGUUAGGUAAGUUCAAUCGUGCUCGUGCUGCGCAGCUGACUUUACCGCAUUUUGUUUGCCACACUCCGCUCUUUAUGCCCGUAGGGACACAAGGUACUAUCAAGGGUUUGACUAGUUGCCAACUGGAAGAUAUUGGUUGCCAAAUUAUACUUGGAAACACAUACCAUUUGGCGCUUCGUCCAGGUGCUGACCUAAUUGAUGAAAUGAAUGGGCUUCACAAAUUUAUGAACUGGCCAAGGGCAUUGCUUACUGAUUCUGGUGGCUUUCAAAUGGUUUCUCUGUUGCAUUUAGCUGAUAUAACAGAAAAAGGUGUAACAUUCCAGUCACCUGUGGAUGGGAAACCAAUGCUGCUGACACCUGAAGAAUCAAUUCAAAUUCAAAAUAAAAUUGGGGCGGACAUUAUUAUGGCCCUUGAUGAUGUUGUAAGAACAACUAUUACAGGUCCUAGAGUCGAGGAGGCAAUGUACCGAACACUUCGUUGGAUAGAUAGAUGUAUUGCUGCUCAUAAGAGGCCUGAUGAGCAGAACUUAUUUGGUAUUGUUCAGGGAGGGCUAGACCCUGUUCUCAGAGAUAUAUGUGUGAAGGGCUUGGUUAAGCGUAACUUGCCUGGCUAUGCUAUUGGUGGUCUUGCAGGAGGUGAAGAGAAAGAUUCCUUUUGGCGUGUUGUUGCUCAAUGCACUGCUGCAUUGCCUGAGGACAAACCACGCUAUGUUAUGGGUGUUGGUUAUCCACUUGACAUUGUGGUUUGCAGUGCUUUAGGUGCAGACAUGUAUGACUGUGUUUAUCCUACACGUACUGCACGAUUUGGCACAGCACUAGUGCCUGAGGGUCUUCUGAAGCUGAAGCAUGCAGCAAUGGCUGAUGAUAUUCGCCCCAUUGAUCCAACAUGCACUUGUAUGGUCUGCCAGAACUACACAAGAGCUUACAUUCAUAACCUUGUAACAAAGGACGCUAUGGGAUCUCAGCUUCUAACAUACCAUAACCUGGCAUAUAUGAUGAGGCUCAGCAGUGACUUGCAUACAUCAAUUAUUGAAGGCUGGUUUCCAGAGUUUGUUUGCAAUUUUCUGAAAUUGCAGUUCCCAAAGGGUGAUGUGCCGGAGUGGGUUUGCAAUGCCAUGGAAGUUGCUGGCAUAGAUAUCUCUGAAUGUUGUGCACCAUUCUGUUCCUAGGACUAGUUAACAGCCUCAUAUUUUUGUUUCUUUCAACCUUCGCCUUCCAGCUUGGUGAAAUGGUAUAGGACCUGGGAGAAUUUCCCUUUCGCAGCAUAAAUUUUGUAGCUAAUAUGCUGCACUUGGCCACGUUGAGAAUGAUAUAUUUGGCGGAAAAGCGGUCAAUUUAUGGCUCACACAACCAAUUUGUUCAUUGAGCUUCACAUGAAAUAGAUGUCCAGAAAGAUCUCUUCAUGUGGCUUUUUCUUGAUUCAGAAUGUAAUUCCAUGUCUUUUUUUUUUUC